GCUGGAUGGCUUCAUGAUUGUUUUAGCGCACAUGCGCAGCAGGACAGUUUCCAUAGCGCUGCUCACGACCUGCUCGAGUUGACACUUAAACUCUCACUGCCGUCCAUCGACGGCGUGGAAAUGGGGGAAUAUUCUUUGUACUUUUACACACAUUUAUGGAGGCUCUCUGGUAAUUCGCUUUGCGUGAGCGCUCAGUUACUUUGUGCGCUAUGUGAGUGUUGCCUGUUUUAAGACACCUGCCCCGCCGCCGAACUAAUUAUGGGCAAUCAAGCGCAAUAAAUCUGCUUCUUCAUCUGAGCAAGAAUACAGCAUUGUUUGAAUUAUAUAGGCGCUGGACGGCAUCAACAGACAAAAUGAAGUGCUUCGGUCAGCGACUGAGACGCACAGCUCCCAUGCGUGGCAGCAGGAACGAGCUGGUUCCCUCCAAGCCUCCGAGGAUCAACGGGUGGUCGUGGCCGCCUCAAACCUUCCAAGUGGUUGGUUGGCUGGUGUACAGCUACCUUGCCAUAGUCAGCUUUGGCAUCUAUAUCCCCCUUCUUCCUCAACCGUGGAGACACGCUGCCUAUGCUCUGACGGGUAUAGUCUUUAUUGUCCACUUGAUAACCCAUAUCGCUGCAGUGACAAUAGACCCAGCAGAUGCCAGCGUAAGGGCCAAACAGAACUAUACCAGCCCAAUGCCACUCUUUGACCGGACCAAGCAACCCCAUGUCAUCCAGGACUUGCACUGUUACCUGUGUGAUGUCAAGGUUGGCCCCAAAGUUAAACACUGUGGAGUUUGCAACAAGUGUGUGGCGGACUUUGAUCACCAUUGCAAAUGGCUUAACACGUGUGUGGGUGGCAGGAAUUAUUGGUGCUUCUUUUUUGCGCUGCUCUCAGCUACACUGGGUGUCUUCCUACUUCUCAUCAUCAUCUUGUUCAUAUUCAUCCAGCACUACUUGGAUCCCAGCAGCCUGCGGACGGCUCCACAGUUCAACAGUGUAUUGGGUAACGGGACCUGGCUGGUGUUCUUACCAUUAGCGCCCAUAAAAACCAGUUCAGCUGGUCUCCUUGUGUUGGCCUUCAUAACUGUCAUGUUGAGCAUCACCUGCCUGCUGCUGCUUGGUCAUCUGCUAGGUUUCCACUUUUACCUCUUUUACAAAGGCAUGACCACCUAUGACUACAUAAAGGCUCAGCGUCAGAAAGAAACUAGAAAGCGAGAUGUUGAGGCAGGAAUCCCUCAUGCAGCUAAAAUCGGUAGACCUAGUAAGGAAACACAGAACGAGGAGAACUCGAUUGACUGUGAGCCAACCUUAGCACCACAUCCCAGCACCUGCAAAUUUGAUGAUAAAGGACCAAUUGCCAGUCGACUUUCAGAGUCCAUCUGCACUGAAUUGGAAAACUUUAAGAGGUCGGCUGAAAAGGAGAAUAGUUUCUAUUACGGCACAGAAAACACAGCAGGAGAAAUGGCGAUGAGUGACAGCAAAAGCUGGCGGGCAGAAGCGGACGAAGAAGCUCAAAGUACCGAGCGGGCCAGUGUGCAGUCAGCUGACAGUGUUCCUGUGGUCCAGAACCCCCUGGGGAGCACAGUUAUGGCUCCACGAGAUACUCAUCAGUAGCUGUUGCCUGACGCACAGUGGGGCGCCAGGAUAUUCAACUCUCAGGAACUAUUUAGGAAAAUUGCUUUAUGAAACUGUGCCACAUUAUCAUGGACCUAUUGCUCAUCAGGACUGAGGAUGAUUUUGCAAUGAUACCACAGUUUGACAUGCGUCAUGGAGUUUAACAAAACAUUUUCAGUCAACUGGACUCUUUCUAUGCAAUGUGAAUUCCUGUGGAAUAGGUCAGUGUGUUUUGUUAGUUUUUAUAUUGUGUGGGGUUAUAUGACGUGUUGAAAUGUUUUAAUUUUUUAUAUAAAUAUUUAAUUGCUCUUUUAUUUGUAUUGCCUUUUAAAUUGUUUAUUUUACAUGGCUGGCAUGGAUCAGCAACUUAAGUUUGAUAAUAAAGUCUUUGUCCACCAUG